UCUUUUUCCAGAUUGUGCGAUGAUCCAGAAUACGGUCGCGAGGCAUCAAGGAUCAUCGAUAAAUGGAAGGAAGUGGCCCGGCAAAGUGGCGUACGAGGUGGUGAAGAAGACGGUAGCUCUGACGGUGAGGAACCUAUGGAGCACAAUCCAUCUCCUCAAAGGAUGGGUCUGUUGAACGGAAUUCAUGAUAUAGAGGCAAGAGCUCGUAAUGAUGAGAUAAGAGAACGUCAGCAUCAUCGGGACAGAAGUGAGUACCAACGAAACGAUUCAGAAGUGCGUGAUCGGGACAGAAAUCGCAAUAGGCACGACGAUGAUAGGAAGCAUCACCGCUCAGAGAGCACGAGGAAUGAGGAUAGCGCAAAAAAAUCUCGCAAUGAUUUUCAUCGACGGGACGAAGAACAUCGACGGCACCACCGCGGCGAUAACGAGAGGAGGAGAGGUUCGGGAGAGGGUAGUGAAUCAGUGCAGGUAGAUCAGCAUCGUCAUGACGAUGACAGCAACCGCAAAAGAAAGAGAAGAGAGGCUGAAGACGAUAGUCCUGGCAAACGAAAGCAUCAUGAUGUCGCACGACAUGUGCACAGUGAUGACGACGAUUAUUCUUGCAGUAAGCGUGGGGAUUUUGGUAGCGGCAGUGAUGUGGCUCCGGCGCAGAGUAGCAAAGAACGACGUGAGGAUAACAGCGAUGAUCAAGGUCAAUACGGCGAGCUUUCAAAAAGAGCAGACGAAGAGGAUAUGGAAGGUGUUGGGAAUGAGAGAGGCAGUUCUUCACCGUUCGAGAGACAGCCUUCGUCUCGUGGUGAAAAGUUUCGUAAGAGAGGUCCCUCAGCUGAGGAAUGUGUGCCAAAAUCUUCCAAGGCAUCCCACAAGUCUUCAUCGUCAAAAACCAAAACUGGGAAGUCUUCAGAACGUAACGUGGGU